UUCCGGGGGAUCGGGAAUUGGUGCGAAAGAUUCUUGCUUGGUCAGGUCGUCGGGGCCCAAGCAAAGUCGUCGCCUUUCUCCUUUGGCUGGUUUUGUGUUUUUUUUUUCUUCGGUCGGAUCUCGAUGUGAGUGUGUGCGUGCGUGGGGUGCGCUCUGUCUGUCGGGGUGGUCGGUCGGUUCGGAACGCCACAGAGCAAGAAGCAGUUCCCGGCAGAAGCGAAUCUCGCCCAAAGUGAACGUCUUCUGCUUGGAAGACAGGGAUGACGGGAAGAUGUAGGGAACUUAUGAGGAUGUUUGGUGCCUUGACCAAAGUGGACCGAGCCGGUGUUGAUGUUGCUGCGCUGCUUUUGGAAUACAAUAAACUCGGGAUGUGUCAAUCCAUCGAAAGUGGUCAGGAAGUGAAUCUCCGCUAAUCAGCGGAGCGGGCGGAAGGAAACCGCGGAAUUGUUUCUUCUCCGACAGCGGAAAAAAAGAAGAGCCCAUUAUCAACAUGGAGUGAAUGUGUGUCUGUUUUUGUCCGUGUUCGAAGCGCAGGAGCCAAAUCUUCGUCGGUCGUCGUCGUCCACGUCGCCGUGUAUAAUUGCGCGAUUUUCUGUUAGGAAGAUUUAAAGAGCAAAAAAUAUGUACGUGAAUUAAGUGUGAAUAGAAGAAUCGGUGCUGCGCGCCCGCAGAGAAGCCUGCGGAGAGCAUCGUUCGAAUUAGUGUCCGCCCCCCCUCGCCGGGGCUUUAGGUUUGUGUUUUUUUGUUGCUUCUUGUGUUUGUUAGUUUUCGGCGUUUAGUUCCCUCGCGCCUCCAAGUAGUUUAGGGGGUUUUGUUCUUGGUUCCAUUUUCGUUCGGUUCUGAUCGCGAAUGAGUGUGGGUUUGCCAGUGUUUGGUGGGUUUCGCGCUUCGCCCCGUAGAUGAUUAACACGCGAAUGGGAAACGAGAUUGAAGAUAAGUAGUGCUUAAGGUGAAACAUCAGCCAGCAGAAGCAAAGGCGAAGAAGGAAUAGAGGGAAGCUGAUAAGAAGAUUGAAGCGGAAAUUGCAAAUUGGGGUUACUAAACAGAAGAUGUUUUAAACAAACGUGGGUAGAUUUGAACGAGUUUAUGUGUGUUUGAAAUGAGAGUGUAACUACUGCGUGAGAUUAUUGGACUACCCGUAGGUAGCCGAAGACGACGCCUUCUUUGAUUUGGGCGCCUACUUGAUCACUAAACGAAGAAACCGAGCCAAGAAGAGAGUGAGUCAAGAUGAGCUAAGGGGGGGAAACAUACGAUGGCACAGCAGGAGACUGAAAUCAAUGAAAUUAUUGGCAAAAGUAAUGAAAAAGGUGCUGACAAAAAACAGACAAGUAGUAAAAAAGCAAGUAGUUUACAGAAUGGUACUGAUACUCAUCAAGGUGGAAAGAAUUCUCAAAGCAGCCCAAUAAUGGGUGGCGAGAAAACGAAAUCUCCGGUGACCGGAGGCAAUGGUGGCCCAGCUCCGACUUCGCCUGCCUCUGGUCCGCCUCACCCGCCGCAUCCUGGGUCCGAAAAUGCUCCCGGAAUGCAUCCCUAUGAAUCUUCCGGACAUCACAUGCCGCCUACUAGCAAUGCCUCCGGUCCAACGGACCCAAACACUAACAACAAAGAUGAUAUGCAUCAUCACCCGCAGCAUCAUCCGAUGCACCAGCAGCAUCCUCAACAUCACCAACAUCAGAUGUACGGUCAACCUCCGAUGCAGCACCAGCAGUACCCUAGAUACCAUCAUGACCCCAACAUGCCCCCUGGAGGUCCCGCUGACCCAUACGCCCACUACCGGAUGGGUGCCGCGCCUGGUGGCAAACCCGGUUCCAUGAUCCCUCCCAGUCGGCCUCCCCCACAGCGAUACAUGCAAGGCCCCGGACCGGGACAACCCCCGCAACAUCCCGGUGGUCAAACGCAAGGUCCUACUCCGACCCUAAACUCCCUACUGCAAUCACACCCGCCGCCUCCACCGCAUGGCGGCCAACAUCGCUAUCCCAACAGUUACGAUCCGAAUCAACCGCAGCAGCAGCAGACACCUCCACCUCCGGGUCCGGGGCAACCACCAGGCCAACCGGGCCAACAGCAACAUCCGCCUUCCGGGCAACCGCCGCAGUCGUACGGUACACACCAGCAGCAGGGAUGGGCUCCACCACCCCGUCCCUACAGCCCCCAGCAGAUGGGCUCCCAGCAGCCGUAUCGUCCUCCACCACCGGGUGCCAACUCGCGCGGCCAGUCACCCUAUCCUCCUGGUCCACCCGGGCAGAGCCCCGGUAGCUAUCCACCGCCCUCCCAACAGCAGCAGCAGCAGCCGCCACAAUCUCAACCAGGGCAACAACCGGGCCAGCAGCAGCAACAGCAGCCCGGUGGCCGUGUUGACCAACCACCCCCACCCCAAGGUCAUCAACCUCCAGGGCAUCCGCCGCAAAGUGCACCCGGCAGUGGGCCACCACCUUCCGGACCGUACCAGCAACGGUAUCCGACUCCACCGGGACCCAGUUCUGGCGGGCCUAAUCAUCGGUCGCCGUAUCCUCCGCCGCAUCAGUACGAACCAGUGAGGUCGUGGCCAUCGCCGGCAGCCAGUCCGGGCCCAGGUGGACAACAGCAGCAGACACAUUUACCUCCCUCGCCGCACGGUCCACCGCAGAGCCCGGGCCAUCACGGGUCCGGUCCGAGUCCGUCCCCGCAGCCGCCGCAACCUGCACAAUCGCCACAUCAGUAUCCAACGCGACCGAGCCAACCAUCGACGCCGAACAUUUACGAUGGAGACAUGAUAGGGGAUUCGACGGGCCAGAACAGUAAUGACAGCUCGAGUGGCGGUGCAACAGGUGGUGCUUCUGCUGCUCCCGGUACGCCCAAUUCCCAGGGCAUGAGGCCUAGUCCGUCGCCGACAGGUUCAUCCGGGUCCCGAUCUAUGUCGCCGGCAGUCGGUCAGCAAAGUUUACCGAUGCCGCCGCGCCCCUCCAGUAGUCACUCCCAAGUUCCAAAUCAAGCACAGAAUCAACUAGGUAGUAGUAGUAGUAAUCUAGGCCACGGUAAUCAAUCGCUACAGCAGCAGCCACCCGAUCAUUCGAGGGUAGCAUCGCCGAAUCGUCCACCUUCAGCUUCGUCAGCUGGAGGCCCCCAGCAGCAGCAACAACAACAGCAACAGGGUCCACUGCCACCGCAAGCCGGAAUGGCAGCGCAAGGAUAUCAGACGCAACCGCCACAUCCGCCCCACAUGCAUGGCGGCUACAAGAUGGGACCAAGUCCCGGUGGGCCAGGUGCAGGAAUGCCUGGUCCACAGCAAAUGUCCCCAUAUCCACCACACAAUCCUCAAUCGCAGCAGUAUUCACAUUCGCAAGGAAGUUACUCACCCCGGCCGCAGUACCCGGGAGGCUAUGGCCCAUCACCACCAGGUGGCCAACCGGGACAACCACCACCACCCGGUCCACCACCGAACAGCGUAGCCGGUGGCCCCGGUGGCUAUCCCGGUCAUCGAAUGCCAAACCAUGUCGGUGGACCACCACCGCACUCUCAAUAUCCUCCACAUCAACCGUACCAGCAAGGCUGGGGUCCACCAGGUCCUGGACCACAGGGUCCCGGCAGCCACGUAAACAAUCACCAGCAGCAACCCGGAAAGGGCAUGCCCCCAUCCGGUGUCCCUCCAUCGCCGCAACCGAAUCAAGCACAGUCCCAACAGGGACCGCCGACGGGAGGACCUCCGCAAAGCGGAUCCCCGCGGCCUCUGAACUAUCUUAAGCAACAUCUACAACACAAAGGCGGCUAUGGCGGUGCCCCUAGUCCUACACCGCCCCAGGGCUACGGUAACGGCCCCGGCAUGCACCCGCCGAUGGGCCCACCACACCACAUGGGCCCACCAAUGAGCAUGGGACCGCCAUCGGGUACUCCUCCGAACCAGCAGGGACCGCCGGGACUACCCGGAGGUCCACCGCAGCAGCACACACCGCCACAGACCGGACCCAACAGUCAUCCGGACGGGUCGCUACCACCACAGCCACCCCAUCCGGAAUCGGGCCCACUCGGUCAGGACAACGGCGGGCUGCCACAUCCAGUUACCUCACUCGUUACAACGGGACCUGAUGGCGCUCCUCUCGAUGAAGCCAGUCAGCAGAGUACCUUAUCCAAUACCUCAGUAGCUUCCGGUGAAGAUCCGCAGUGCUCGACGCCGAAAUCGCGGAAGGGCGGCGACCUCUACAACCAAAGUCACCUGACUAGUACGCCGACGACCGCAUCGCCCGGACCGCACAACCAGCACGAAGACUUCGAGAUGAACUCGCCCACAUCCUGGCCCCGGACGCCAGCUAGUCCAGUAUUUAACAGCCACGUUCCUCCCGCGGAGACUCCUUUUAGAUCAACUAAGAAAUCCGACAGCUUAAACAAGUUAUACGACAUGGAUGACAAGCCGGAGCGAAGGCCCUGGUUGGACAAGUUGCUGGCCUUCAUGGAGGAGCGGCGAACGCCCAUCACGGCGUGUCCCACUAUCUCGAAGACACCCCUGGAUCUGUACAAGCUGUACAUCCUGACACAGGAGCGUGGCGGUUUUCUUGAGGUGUGUAAGGUUACCAAGAGCAAAACGUGGAAGGACAUCGCAGGGAUGCUGGGCAUCGGUGCUAGCAGUAGUGCGGCCUACACGCUACGAAAACACUACACCAAGAAUCUACUACCGUUCGAGUGCAAGUUCGACCGGGGCGGAAUCGAUCCGGCUCCGAUCAUUGCCCAAGUCGAAGCAGGUUCCAAGAAGAAGUCGAACAAAACUGCUUCGGUCCCCUCUCCGGGAUCAUCAAACUCGCAAGACUCAUUCCCGGCACCGGGCAGCAGUAGCGCCUCGAUGGAUGGCUACGGUGCCUAUCCGGGUGCUGCCGCGGCCGGAGGCUAUCCGCCCGGUGCCACUCCGGACUACUCGCAGCAGGGUCAGCAGGCGGGCCCCGGCCAGCAACCACCAGCCGGUGCUCCCGGUCAGCAACCCCCGGCACAGCAGAAUCUACAACGACCGCCGUCGCAGCAAAGCGGCACACAAUCUCCUCAUCCAGGUUCGGCACCACCGACCACCGGAGAUAACAUUAGUGUGAGCAAUCCCUUCGAUGAUCCCGUCGGCCCCCAGCGGCCACCGUAUCAACAGGGUGCUCCCUAUCCACCGGCUUCACGACCACAAGGUGCUCCCUACCCGGGACAACCAGGAGGCUAUCAGUACGGUGCUCCCGAUCAGUAUGGACAAGGUCAGCCAGGUCAGUACCCGCCUGGGCAGCAAAGUCAAUAUCCACCCGCUAGUAGACCAAUGUAUCCCCCGUACGGACCACCGGAAUCCGGAGAAGGACGAUCAACGCCCCCGGCACCGGGUUCCGCUCCGCCGGCGGCUGGCGAUCCAUACCGAGGCUACGCCAGCAGUCCGUAUCCUCCGCCGCCGCAGCAGCGACCGUACGGUCAGCAACCGCCACCGGGCAGUUCCGGCCCGUCGCAGACACCGCCGGCUGGUCCGCCGGGUGCUGCCAGUCAGCCACCGGUUAGCGGUGCACCCGGACAGCAACCGCCGUCGACGCAGCAGGCCCAGGGAUAUCCGGCAGCCCCGCAGCAACCACCACAACCGGACUACUACCGGCCCGAUCAGCCCAAUCAACCGAGGAGGCAUCCCGACUUUGAAAAGAAUCAACAACCGUAUCCGCCGUACCAGCAGCGACCGCAGAUGUAUCCCGGUGGAUGGCAGGGCGGUGCAGGUCAGUACCGCGGUCAAUACCCUCCCCAGGGACCCCAACAACAGUGGGGAACCCACAACGGACCACGGCCCAGUGGUCCUCCGGGAGCCCCUGCCGGCCCACCCGGAGCACCCGGAGCGCCAAACCAAUGGAAUGCGGAACCCAAUCGGUACCCGCCGAAUCAGCAACCGCCCUAUCCGCCCCAUCAACAGACCCAGCAACAACCGUGGAACCAGAUGCCACCCACAUCACAGGGUUCACCACUGAGGCCACCGCAGCGAGGUGGCAAACCGUUCUCUUCGAUGCAACAGGCAGGCAUGACGAGCAGUAUGCCACCGGCGGCCCAGCCCCAGCCUCCUCCCGGCACUCAACCGGGUCCGGCUCCGGCCGUUCCUGCUCCGCCGGUUGGCAGUGCUCCACAGGCCACUCCGGGAGCCGCCCCUCAACCGGCCGGUCCUGCGGCCAAACCGCUGCCCCAGACACCGUUCCCUUCGGCCAGUACGGUUGCCCCAAAACGGGACAUCGUGUUUCCUCCGGACAGUAUCGAGUCCACUACCCCGGUGCUGUACAAGCGCAAAAGAGUCAGCAAGCUGGACAUCGGCCAGACCGACCCGUGGCGGAUAUUCAUGGCGCUGCGAUCCGGGCUGCUGGUGGAGAGUACCUGGGCGCUGGAUGUUCUGAACAUUCUGCUGUUCGACGACUCGUCCGUGGGGUACUUCGGACUGACGCAUCUGCCGGGACUGUUGAAUCUACUGCUGGACCACUUCCAGAAAAGCUUGAGCGACAUGUUCGAAACGACGGAUCGCAAGCGGUUACCGUACGGUAAGGCUUACGGAUGGUUUGGUAAGGAGGAUGAAGAAAGUGAGGAUGAUGAAGAAGAGACUGCGGAAGAUGAGGAGAUGCAGCGAGCUAUCGAAGCAGUUGAAGUGAAGAAGGAGGUGGAAGACAUUAAGAUGGAAAACGGAGAGACGGAGGAUGGACAGGAUGGACUGAAACGGGGCUGUCGGAUGGAGAGGAAACGGGAGCACCGUAAGAGUAGAAAGGCUUGCGAGGUGGAUUUAGGCUGCGUGAUUGAAACGCCGAAUCCGGAAGACCGGAUAGUGGUGUUUAACUCAACGACAAACUAUACGAUGAGUUCCCGGAAGGGACUUCCAGUCAAAAUUCAACCGGCGGAGGAUGACGUGUUUGUCCUGAACCACCGGAGGGAUUGGGACCGAACAGCGGAUGAUAGAUACCAUCGAGAAACGGACGUUGGAGGCGACCCGUGGACUGCAGGACACUCGGAGCCGGAUCCCCACGACUACAUCAUGGAGACGUUCCAGGCCGAGUUUGUAAACAUUCCAUUUGCUAGGCUGAUUAAAACUAGUAGAAAGUAUAAGAUGCGAUGCAAGAACAACAACAACAACAGUAGCAGCAACAAUAACAAUAGUAACAGCAGUCCGUUGAAGCGGAAGAACGCUGAAGAAGAGCAAAGUGAUAGCGAAAAGUGCAACAGGACAAACGGUGAAAACCGGAUAGUGAACGGAGAAAUCGGCACCGAAGCGGAAGAAGACUCCAAACCAAGUGUGGACGGCUUUGUGAUGGUGAAGAAGGAAGUACCGGAAGUGACACCGUCGAGUGAUGCCGAUUGUCGAGAGAUCGACAUGGAGCUGGAGAAGAGCAGCUUGUCCAACGGUCCACAGGAGGGACCCAUCGGGGAUGAGACUGAUAGCAAAGACGUCAAGAUGGAGAUCGAGGAGGAGGACAAGGUGGUUGACGAAGAGGUUACCGAGAAGAAGUUCAACGUUACGGCGACGAUCCAGGAUCCUGCGAAGGUGCUAAAGCGCAGGAGGAUGAGCGACUAUGAAGAUGAGUGCUACACGCGAGACGAGGCCAGCUUAUAUCUGGUGACGGAGGGUCACGAUGCCCUGGCAAGGCGAUGUGUAGCUAUCUCGAAUAUCCUGAGGAAUCUUACGUUCGUCCCCAACAACGAGACUGAGUUCUCCCGGUCCUCGAGGUUCUUGUCGAUUUUAGGGAAGAUACUGUUGCUCCAUCACGAGCAUCCUGUCCGCACGAAGAAGACCCGUAACUACGAUCGGGAAGAAGACGCAGACUUUUCGGAUUCGUGCAGCAGUUUGCAGGGCGAAUCGGAAUGGUGGUGGGACUUUUUGGUGCAGAUUCGGGAGAACAUGUUGGUCUCGAUGGCCAACAUCGCCGGGCAGCUGGAUUUGGCCCGAUUUGACGAACCUAUUUCGAGGCCCAUCCUGGAUGGGCUACUGCACUGGUCCGUUUGUCCGUCGGCGCACGGACAGGAUCCGUUCCCAACGUUGGGAGUGAACUCAGUAUUAUCUCCGCAGCGGCUGGCACUGGAAGCCCUGUGUAAGCUGUGCGUAACCGAUUCCAAUGUGGAUCUUGUGAUAGCAACGCCUCCGUACACGCGACUGGAAAAACUCUGCUCCGUUUUGACGCGGCAUCUGUGCAAAAAUGAGGACCAAGUCCUUCGGGAGUUCUCGGUGAAUCUGCUACACUACCUGGCCGCUGCGGAUAGCGCGAUGGCCCGGACGAUAGCCCUACAGUCCCCGUGCGUUUCCUACCUGGUGGCAUUCAUCGAGCAGGCGGAACAGACCGCUCUGGGAGUGGCCAACCAGCAUGGCAUCAAUUACCUGCGGGACAACCCCGACUCGAUGGGAACCAGCUUGGAUAUGCUUCGACGAGCCGCCGGAACACUCCUGCACCUUGCCAAGCAUCCCGACAACCGACCGCUGUUCCUGCAGCAGGAACAACGCCUCCUAGGCCUAGUCAUGAGUCACAUCCUCGACCAGCAGGUGGCCCUCAUUAUCAGCAGGGUACUGUUCCAGUGUUCUCGUGGAACCGGUCCACUUACAACGAUGGAAAUCGAAUCCUGCGUUCCCAAGAAGCCAACGGAAAAGGAACCCUCCGAAGCGAGCAAAUCUUCGAUGCAUUUAAAUUCAAUCAUUGCCAACACCAGCGGUAGCCCGAACCCUCCGUCGUCCAUGGGUGCCCCUCCGGCGCCGGCAGCUCUCCCCUCGAUGCCAUCCACUCCGUCGAAAUCGGCCGACCAGUUCCACUCGCUGAUGUCCCCCCAGUCGUCAUCAUCAUCAACCGGCUCGAUGCCAGCCCCAUCGGCACCGGUCAGCAACAACGGUGGCCCACCGGCUUUCGUACCUCCCCCGCCAGCUGCUACGCCGCCACCAUCAUCACCGGCAGCGGCGGCCAACAGUACGGAAGUAGUGUCGCCACCGCCUCCGGCGGCUCCGGCCCCCACCCAGCAUCCCAUCACGGCGUCGUCGUAGUGGAAGAAAUCGCUUCUGGUCAAGGCGGCCGCCUCAGCGGCGGAACAGGUCAGCGGUUUGAUUAAUUCAAAUUAUAUAUAGUGUAGACACAAUUAGGAAGAGAGAGAGGGGGAAAAGGAAGAGUGAAACUCACUCUACUAGAAUGGGGCAUAUAUAUAGAGAGUUUAAUAUAAGAAAACCUAAUGGGAGGGAAUGAGAGAAAGAAUAAGAAACGGCACUAGGCCGCGCGUUUGAACAUAUUACUUUGUUUGUUGUACAGUAGAUUUUUAAGGGACUUGAUGCUGAUAAGAGAUGGACGCGUGGCAGAGAUGCGUGCGUGCGUGUGUAUGUGUGCAUGCGUGUGAUAUUACUUAAUGUGUAAUAUGGAAAAACCUAUUUGAUAUAACGUGUAGAGUUAGCAAAGUAAAGCGAAUGGAAGUCGCGCGAUGGCUAGAUUUUACUAUAGAAUGUUGGAAGAAAUGCGGGGAGAAUGAGAUAAUCGGAAACAAAUUGGACAACCUCAACCGCGGAAUGGGACGAUUAUACGAAUAUUACCUUUGUUUUAAUUGUAUAAAAUUCAAUACAUAAUUCAUGAAAAAGGACGAAGCAAAUCUUAGAAAUCGAUUACCGGUAUUGGAAAGCAGUUGUUUUGUUGUGUCUUGUUUUAUUCAUAUCUUGAAGUGUGCUCUCCGAGGGCGCGGUUUCAGAACUAAUUCAUAUUGCACAGUGGGAAAAAGCGACUCAAAACGAAUUCUAGUUCGUGCUUUUAAGGUUAAUGUCUCGGAAAUUACGCUCGUUCAAUGAUUUCUCCAAGUGUUCCAUGGAUUUUUCGGAGAUUUAUCCUGGAAUUCCCCCGGGAUUUUUUACUGGGCUUCUACCAGGGAUUCCUUCAGUAACUUCUGCUGGGACUACUAAAAGGAUUCCUUGAUGAGAUUCUUUCAGGAAUGUCUUCAGGGAUUCCUUCAGGAAUUCCUCCAGAAAUUUCUUCAGGAAUUCCUUCCGAAUUCCUUCAGGAAUCCUUGGAGGGAUUCAUUCAGAAAUUUCUCCAGGGAUUCCUUUAGGAAUUGCUCCAGGGUUGCCUCCAGGAAUUCAUCCAGGGAUUUCUUCAGAAAUUUAUUCUGGUAUUCCUUCAGGAAUUCUUCCAGGGAUUUCUUGAUGAGAUUCCUUCAGGGAUUCCUUCAGGAAUCCCUCCAGAGAUUCCUGAAGGGAUUCCUUCAGAAAUUCCUUCAGAGAUUCCUCCAGGCAUUCCUUCAGGGAAUUCUUCCAGAGAUUCCUUCAGAGAUUUCUCUUGGGAUUCUUUCAGAGAUUCCUCAAGAGAUUUCUUCGCGAAUUCCUCCCUUCAGGAACUCUUUCCCAGAUUCCUCGUGAAUUUCUUCCCAGAUUCCUUCGGGAAUUCUUCUAGGAUGCUUUCCAGGAAAUUCUCUCGAGAUUUGUCCAGGGAUUUCUUUAGGGAUUCCUCCAAAGGGUUCCUUCAUGAGAUUCCUGCAGGGGAUUUCAAGGUGCUUCAUAGAAUUCUUCCAAAGAUUCCUUUAGGGAUUCCUUCAAAGAUUCAUUCAGGGAUUACUUCAGAGAUUCAUUCAGAUUUCAAGGUCCUUCAUAGAAUUCUUCCAAAGAUUCCUUUAGGGAUUCCUUCAAAGAUUCCUCCAGGGAUUACUUCAGGAACUUCUCCUGGGAUUCCUUCAGGAAUUCUUCCAGGGAUUCGUUCAGGAACUACUUCAGGAAUUCCUUGAUAAGAUCUGGAGGAAUUUCUUCACAGAUUCCUCCAGGGGUUCUUGCAGAAAUUCCCCCAGGGAUUCCUUCAGGAAUUCCUCCAGAGAUUUCUUCAGAAAUACGUUCAGGAAUUCCUUCAGGGAUUCUUACAGGGAUUCCUUCAGAGAUUCUUUCAGGAAUUCUUGUAGGGAUUACUUCAGAGAUUCCUUCAGGAAUUUUUGCAGAAAUUUCUCCAGGAAUUCCUCCAAGGAUUUCUUCAGAAAUUUUGGGUUGAGAUUCCUACAGGAAUUCUUCCUGGGAUUCCUUCAGGGACUCCUUUAGGGAUUUCUUGAUGAGAUUCCUCCAGGAAUACUCCCUGGAAUCUUCCGGGAUUUCUCCAGGAAUUCUUUCAGGAAUUGCUUCAGGAAUUCUUCCAGGAAUUCUCAGGAAUUCUUACAGGAUUUUUCAAAGGAAUUCCUCUAGAAUUUUCUUCAAGAAUUCCUCCAUAGAUUCCUGUAGGAAUCCUUCCCAGAGAUUCAUUCACGCAUUCUUUAAAGGACUCUUCCAGGGGUUCCUUCAGGAGUUCCUCCAUUUCCAUUCUCAGGAUGUGAUGCCCUAGGUGAAGUUCCACGAACGAGUCGCUUUUUCUUCACUGCGCAUAAGUGGAUCUAGAUUUUGAAAACCACUGCUUCAGCACGGAAGGCACUUUUUUCAAUCAAAUGUGUGUGCAAAAAGAAAACCGAACGCAGGGAUUUUACACUAGGUUCUGUAACUUUUGUGUUGCAACAAGCACACGUGAAUGUGUGAUUUCGUUUUUUUUUUCUUCUUCUGAUGUUCAUCGGAAACGAUUUCGAUAGCUUCGGAGCUGUGCGUGUGUUUCCCGGGUUAGCCUGAUACGGUAGCAAGUGCUAAAACGUUUAGCGAGACCGCAUUAGAGCGAGGAUUGAUGAUGUACGGCCGGCCGGCGCUGUUAGAAACUCUGUGUAUACUCAAAUAUAGUGUUAAUUGGUUGUUUUUAGACGGAAUGGCAGCUGAAGAACUGUUUCUGCUGCGCUGCUAGAUCGUUGCCGAAGUAGGUUGUAGUUUGCGCUUGUACGAGAGGUUGAACGGGGUUUGUGUUUGGCAGGGGCUGUUCAGGAAAGAAUUUAGGGCACGUUUUGAUUAAAGCUUUAAUGCUACUGUCUUAGUGUUUAAUGUUAUUGUCGAAAUUUAUACAUUUCAAUCAACAAUCGUGGGUCAGCAUAGGCUUCCGAGGCAGGACAUAAAGGGAAAAUACCUAGGAAGAGGAGCUCCAACGGAGUGACGUUAACUUUCUUAGCAACGUCACUCCCGGCGUUUUCGCCUAACAUUCAUAUCACAUACAAUGUGGAGCGGCUUAGUUCAAUUGUAUUCAACGAUGCUACGCAGUAGGCUGGGUCGGUUCAAUACUUGUAAUACAUCUCCGAUACCUUGAAAGUUUUGCUAAGGUCCAUAAGGACCACUGAUUUCCCUUGAUAGGCCUCUCUUAAAGUCAAGGUUCAUAAGUAAUUCAAAAAUUUUAGUCUUAGAGCCACAGCUUCCGUUCAAAUCUUGUAAGUUUAUGCUUGGGUCCUCUAAAUGUGAUGUACUGUUCAUAAAAUUCUAUUCAAACCUUGUAGGCCUGAAAGGACUUAAGACCUUCAGAUUUUUCUCAGAUUAAGCCUUUUUCAAUUUGUGAAGAAUUCAACUGUGUCCGUAAUCUGCUCUCCUAAGCUGAAUUGCCCAUGCUAAUCGCAGAACCCGAAAUCCGCUUUCAUCGCCAAUCCCUUGAGUGGCAUCAACCUUUGUACAUUUUAGUCUUCAACUCAGAACAACUCGAUUGAAUUUGUAAUGGAAAUUUCCCAAAAACAAAAAUGAAAAUUUGGAAACUCAAGUCCAAAAUGGGUGUGUAAUUAGUAACUUAUUGCAACUAACAUCAAGAAGAUCCAUUUCCGGAGGCAAAAUGAAGCAAGAAAAGGAAAUCUAACCGAGAAAACACGAACAAAAAAAACAUAAAUGAAAAACAUUGAUCUAUUAAACUCGAUUGAUAGUGGAAAUAAAUUAAUGUGUUAGAAGUGUAGCUAAAGUAAAACCCUAUAAAUAUGAAUAUAGCAAAAAGAAUCAAUGAAACAACAACAAAACAAAGCCAGAAGAAAACAAAAGAAAGAAACUAGUUUAUUAGUAAUGACGUGCCCACGGCAUAACCAUAAAAAAAAGAAAAGUAAAACAACAAACGACAGACAACAGUAAGAAGAGAAAAAGUGGUACUAUAUAUAGGAGCGUGUGUGUGUGAAUGCGUAUUCUUGAACUGAUGGUCGGACGCGCGUCGAUCUCCGACGUGAGAGGCUGGCAGUCGUUUGUGGUGGACUUCUUUCACGCAUCUCCUACGUUCAAAGUUCUUGCACGUCCGAUCCCGAAGUUCCGAAAACAUGUAAACGAAUCUCCGCAGCCACGUGUACUACACGGGCCGAACAGGGGAAAGGGAUUUAGUAAGGAAAACUAUUUAAGAAACCAAUCUGGUCCUGUUUAAAACACACUCACCUUAAUGCGCUGGCUAAAGGUAAUCCUUGUUGAAGACCUCUCGUGAAGACCACGAGGCGCAUCAAGGGGCACGACACUCUAGUGAGAGAGGUUCGAUAUGAGUAUUCAUCAUCCCAGGAGGAUGAUCAUAAGAAAUACGAACAAAACGAGCGCAUGCGAUAAAGCAGAAACAUAGUGGAAGAAAAAAAAAACAACUACUUAUAGCUGUGGUAGAAAUGCAUGAAAACAAGAAAACCAGAACUAUAUAUAAACAAUUGGAAAUAUCUGAUUUUCCUUUCCACUGUAAUCCCCCCUUUUUUCUGUUGUACAACUGAAUGUGCGUGUGUGAAACUUAAGUAAAACAGAGACGUGGAGGGUAGACAACAAAUCCUGGAAAGAACGCGCGAGAAACUUCCCGUUUCCUCGUCCGUUUUUCCAAACAUUAUUACACAGUAAGAAAAAGCAAAACAAGAUUGUAACAGUGGUAGUGUGUAGGUCGCGAGCGGAGUAUGUGUACAUUUUUUUCUUUGAUGAAGUGACUAAUUAUCGAACGAAGGUACUGUGGGCAGUUGCUGCUUGAUGAUCUUAACGUUUUGUUCUUGUUAUUAUUUUUUAAACACACACACACGAGGAAAAGUUUCUUACGUUUUGCCCGCAGAUUUUUGUCUCUCAGUAAGAAGGUUAAAUUAUUAUCGCUAUUUUUUGUAUGACUUUUUCAAUUUACCAAUCUAGGAGCAGCACGCACCCAAUAGUAGAACCAUUUUCCUUUAUAGAUUAAUUUAUGAAGGAAGCAACGAGUAAAUAGUGAACAAGUCGUUGAUACAUGGAGUAACAAAAAAAAUAAGAAAAUCCAGAAAAACAAAAAGUAUAUAAAGUAAAUCUUUAUCGUAAGAAGCUAAUGGUAGCAAUGUAGGACGGGAACUCUUAAUAAACUAUUAUUUAAAUCACAAGAAAAAUGAAAAACGGCAAAAGAAUGAAAAUAUAUAAAUGUCAAAUAAAUUCAAUUACGAAUAAUUUAACAUUAGAAAACAAUGGAAAACAGUAAACCAGACACACAAAAACAAACAAACCGACAAAAACACGAACACACGCAUACACUUACUGAAAAACAAAACUGAUUGACACUGAUCGAUGAAUGAACGCGCGGGAGUUUAGCUGUUUAAGAGAAAAUGAAACACACAGAAACAAUGGUUAAAUACGACGACGCGCAGAGGGACUGGUAAAAUGGACAACAACCCUCUGUAGGGGCUAGGGCAUACCCAGUACUGCAGCUGUACUUGUGCUUGCAGCAACAACAACAAAAAAAUCGAAAAGAAUGAGACGACGCGUAGCAGGAAAGUAAUACAUCGUGGAAUGAAGCAAAAUCUAUAUAAUGAAAACUAUUUGUAAUUAUUAUUAUUGACAUAAAAGUAUAAAUACACUUAGUUUUUUUAAUUAAAAUAAUAAAAAAUUAUAAAAAAAAA